CUCCUCCAUCAUCUGUGUGACAAUCUACUGAACACUUGACGGUGAUCACUGAAACCAUGCUGAAGGUAGCGCUUGUGCUUGGAUGCCUCCUGAGCCUGGCUCUGGCUACUCCGAUGGAGAGGGCUCAUAAACGCUUGGCACGCUCUAGCUCUGACUCUAACUCCGGAGAGAGUCAAAACAACAACUGGCUGCAACAGCUUUUGGCUUUGUUGAACCUACUCACUACAACAACUACCGCAACAACUACUACCACAACUACAACUGCACCAACAACUACAACUACUGCAACAACUACUGUUACCACUGCUGCUCCAUAAAAUCUGACAUUCAACUUUAAUUAGUUUGUCAAACACAUUUAUGUGAAAUAAUUUAGUGGAUUAGAAAUCACUUCUGUUGAAUAAACAUCAUCAAUAAAAACUAUGUGACU